GCCCCGCCCCCUCGCGUAGGACAAGUCAUUUCCGUCCGCCGAAAACCAGAAAGCCGCCGGCGGAGCUGCCGCGGGGCCGGAGCUGCCGCGGGGCCGGAGCUCCCCGGUCGGAAGUGCCGAGUGAGCCGGGACGGUGGGCACAGGCCGGUGCCCAGGAUGGCGGAGGUGGGGGCCCGGGGCCGCCUGUGGCUGGAGAGUACCCCUGGGGGACCGCCCCCCAUCUUCCUGCCCUCGGAUGGACAAGCCCUGGUCCUGGGCCGGGGACCUCUGACCCAGGUUACCGACCGGAAGUGCUCCAGAAACCAAGUGGAACUGGUUGCGGACCCUGAGACUCGCACCGUGGCUGUGAAACAGCUGGGAAUUAACCCCUCAACUGCCGGGACCCAGGAGCUGAAGCAGGGGUCUGAGGGCUCUCUGCAGGUGGGGGACACACUGUAUUUAGUCAAUGGCCUGCACCCGCUGACCCUGCGCUGGCAAGAGGCUCACACGCCAGGAUCCCAGGCAGACACCCCACCUGGCACCCCUCCAAGGGUCCCGAAUGAGGAGGAGGAGGAAGAGAAUGUUCAGCAGAAAAAGCAGAUGCGGAAGUCAUCCCCCCGCUGGGAGAGCUUUGAGAAGCUGCUAGUGUUCACGGCGCCUGGGGUGAAGCCUCGGGGCAAGGUGGCCGGCUUUGAUCUGGAUGGGACCCUCAUCACCACACGCUCUGGGAAGGUCUUUCCCACCGGCCCCAGUGACUGGAGGAUCUUGUACCUAGAGAUUCCGCGUAAGCUCCGGGAGCUGGAUGCUGCGGGCUACAAGCUGGUGGUCUUCACCAACCAGAUGGGCAUUGGGCGCGGGAAGCUGCCAGCAGAGGAGUUCAAGGCCAAGGUGGAGGCUGUGGUGGAAAAGCUAGGAGUUCCCUUUCAGGUGCUGGUGGCCACGCACGCGGGCUUGUACCGGAAGCCAGUGAUCGGCAUGUGGGACCAUCUGCGGGAGCAGGCCAAUGGGGGCGUGCCCAUCUCCAUCGGGGACAGCGUCUUCGUGGGAGAUGCGGCUGGACGCCCAGCCAACUGGGCCCCGGGGCGGAAGAAGAAAGACUUCUCCUGCGCAGACCGCCUGUUUGCCCUCAACCUGGGCCUGCCCUUCGCCACCCCGGAGGAGUUCUUCCUGAAGUGGCCGGUAGCCGGCUUCGAGCUUCCGGCCUUUGACCCGAGGACCGUCUCCCCCUCGGGGCCGCUCUGCCUGCCGGAGUCCAGCUCCCUCUUGAGCUCCGACCCUGAGGUGGUUGUCGCCGUGGGAUUCCCUGGGGCCGGCAAGUCCACGUUCCUCCAACAGUACCUCGUGGCUGCGGGAUACGUCCACGUGAACAGGGACACUCUGGGCUCGUGGCAGCGCUGUGUGAGCACGUGUGAGGCCGCUCUAAGGCAAAGCAAGCGGGUGGCCAUCGACAACACGAACCCGGACGCUGCCAGCCGGGCCAGGUACAUCAAGUGCGCCCAGGAUGCAGGAGUCCCCUGCCGCUGCUUCCUCUUCAGCGCCACCCUGGAGCAGGCGCGGCACAACAUCCGGUUCCGGGAGAUGACCGGCUCCUCUCACGCCCCCGUGUCCGACGUGGUCAUCUAUGGCUACAGGAAGCAGUUCGAAGCCCCGACGCUGGCCGAAGGCUUCUCCGCGAUCCUGCAGAUCCCGUUCCGGCUGUGCGUGGAGCCCCGGCUGGAGCGGCUGUACCGCCAGUUCUCGGAGGGCUGAGUGCCGCCCGCCCCGGCCCCGCCCCUGCCCCCCAAUAAAUGCUGUUUUCCGUUAA